AUGGCGGAAAGUGUGGCCACAGUACGGAAUUCAAUCGAUCAUCCUCUGGUGACAAGCCUCGUUAUCAACAUAACGGCCAUCAGUAACGUCCCCGAGUACCAUCACAAGUAUUCCACGGGUAGCCCCGAGUACCAUCACAAGUAUUCCACGGGUAGCCCCGAGUACCAUCACAAGUAUUCCAUGAGUAGCCCCGAGUACCAUCACAAGUAUUCCAUGAGUAGCCCCGAGUACCAUCACAAGUAUUCCACGGGUAGCCCCGAGUACCAUCACAAGUAUUCCAUGAGUAGCCCCGAGUACCAUCACAAGUAUUCCACGGGUAGCCCCGAGUACCAUCACAAGUAUUCCACGAGUAGCCCCGAGUACCAUCACAAGUAUUCCACCCGUAGCCCCGAGUACCAUCACAAGUAUUCCACGAGUAGCCCCGAGUACCAUCACAAGUAUUCCACCCGUAGCCCCGAGUACCAUCACAAGUAUUCCACGAGUAGCCCCGAGUACCAUCACAAGUAUUCCACCCGUAGCCCCGAGUACCAUCACAAGUAUUCCACGACCCCGAGUACCAUCACAAGUAUUCCACGAGUAGCCCCGAGUACCAUCACAAGUAUUCCACGAGUAGCCCCGAGUACCAUCACAAGUAUUCCACCCGUAGCCCCGAGUACCAUCACAAGUAUUCCACGAUAUUCCACGAGUAGCCCCGAGUACCAUCACAAGUAUUCCACGGGUAGCCCCGAGUACCAUCACAAGUAUUCCACGAGUAGCCCCGAGUACCAUCACAAGUAUUCCACCCGUAGCCCCGAGUACCAUCACAAAUAUUCCACGAGUAGCCCCGAUUACCAUCACAAGUAUUCCACCCGUAGCCCCGAGUACCAUCACAAGUAUUCCACCCGUAGCCCCGAGUACCAUCACAAGUAUUCCACCCGUAGCCCCGAGUACCAUCACAAGUAUUCCACGAGUAGCCCCGAGUACCAUCACAAGUAUUCCACCCGUAGCCCCGAGUACCAUCACAAGUAUUCCACCCGUAGCCCCGAGUACCAUCACAAGUAUUCCACCCGUAGCCCCGAGUACCAUCACAAGUAUUCCACCCGUAGCCCCGAGUACCAUCACAAGUAUUCCACCCGUAGCCCCGAGUACCAUCACAAGUAUUCCACGAGUAGCCCCGAGUACCAUCACAAGUAUUCCACGAGUAGCCCCGAGUACCAUCACAAGUAUUCCACGAGUAGCCCCGAGUACCAUUACAAGUAA